AGUUGCCACGAUACAAGAAUAGAACUGAAACUUUCCUUGAAGAGUAUAAGAGAGGAAACUUCAACAUCAGACUCACUGCUCUCAAUCACGCUGAUGCAGGAGAAUACACCUGUCUCAUCGCACACUCAUCUGAACAUAAGACUGUGGAGCUGAUCAUCAACGAGCCAACAACAGAAAAUGGAACCAAAUCAGCUGAUCAAGAAACCCAAAAACCAGAAACAGAUGUGGUGACAUCGUUGACUUUGCUCUGGGUUUACAUCAUAGUAGCUGUAUUAAUAUUAAUAAUGCUUAUAGUCGGUUUCAUCAUUGGCUGUAGAAAAAAAAUUCAAGCUGCUUUAUUCUCUCCUGUCAUGACUGAAGAUAAAGAACAGCGACAGAAAUAAAUGUGUAAAAAUUUCAAAAGUGAUUUUAACUAAAUUGUUACAGCUUUCAUUGUUUCAUUCUGGUGUCAGAUACACUGUUUUGUGCUUUUAUAUUCUUGCUGUUUGCACUGUGUUGCUCUUAUUGUAUAAAAGAAUGUGAUCUUGAAACAGGAAUUUUGUUUAAAAUUGAAGGAUGAAUGAUUCUGAUAAUGUGUUGGUGCCUUAACAAUUCUGUUUCUGUUCCACAAGGUUUCUUUUCUUUGUUGUGUUUGCAAAUAUUAAAUAUAUUUUGUAUUGUUUAUGUAUUUUUAUUUAAUUAAUCUGAUUCAUUAAUUCCUGAUCCAUACAGUUUGCUGAAGAUAAACAUAAGCAUGGUACUCAAGCGUUCCAAUAUAUAGUUCUACAUGCGUAUUGUAUUGUACAGAUUGUAUUUCCCUGUUGUUUUAACAGUCUCUCUC